UCCAAAGCGCUCGUUCAGUCCAUUUCAGUGAAAAUUGAAUAAUAACUUCUGAUUUGAUAAUUGAUUUUGUAAUUUGUUAAAUAAUUUUUACCGACAAAAUGUUUUGCUAGUUAUUCUCGCAAAUCAUCCAUCAUCAACAGUCCAGAAUAUCUGGGUGAACUUACCACAACCAACAAACUACUAAACUUGAAUCCAUUCAAAAUGGAGUUGCUUACGUUAAUUUCGUUGAUUAAUCAUAAUCAUUACAAGCAUAACACCGAUAAUUACAAGAAUCACAAUGAAACCUAUGAUUGGAAUGGCAUGUUGGCCAACACCAACACAGGCCAAAUCAUUGCCCGUUGAUCCUCAUGAUACAGUGUUGGACAGUUUUGCUGAACAACAGCCGACGAUCACCCCCUUACCAAAACAAGCAUUGGACAUAGAUAACGAAUGGUGUCUUGAUCAUAAGUCGAUCAAUACUGAUGCUGGCAUUUGUUUGGAUGAUAUUCCUUUUGAUUUUGAUCUAAUCAAUUGUACUGAUAGUCAAUUGGAACAGGUCAUAUUCCAACAAUGCCCCAUCAUUUCUAGCAGCACCGACCACAAUAAUAAUGAUAACGACGAUUUUUGCCACGGUUUUGGCAAUCUCUCGUUCGAUGGCAUUGAAUCGCUAUUGAAAAAAGAGGAUUUCGAAUUCCUCAACAUCAAACCAAGCCAGGAUCUAUGCUCGCCAGACAUUGGCCCAUUUUCACCAAGCUCGUUGCCCGCAACAUUCGAUGAUGACGAAUUCGAGGACGACGAUCAAAGCAAACAACAAUCACCAAUCAUCAUCCAAUCACCAACCACCAUUUCAUCGAUAGAAGAGUUUCAAGGGCAAAUAAAUUCAUCCCCUAAUCCAUUACCACAUUCAUUAGAUGUAGCCAACUAUGAAGAAGUAUGCACAUCAAUCGCCUUCCAAAAUGGCAAUCAACAACAAUCAUCGACCAUCAUUUCAUUAGUAGACGAAAAAACCGAUCCAGAACAAACUCAUCUCGACUUUUUGAACCAAUGUUGCGAGCAACAACAAGCUCAAUUGGAUGACGAUGACCAUCUCAGCCUUGCUUCGUCAUAUAUGACCAUGACCACGACUGUAUCAUCACCCUACAAACGUAAAUCGACGGUAGACGAGGAUGGUGACCAUAAACCAGUGACCAUGACGAGAAAGCGACGUCGAACUAAGCGUAUUCUGGAUGAUCGUAUCAAAUACCAGAAUAAAGUUGCAGCUAUGCGAUAUCGUCAAAAGAAACGAGAAGAAAAAUGUCAUAUUGAUGAUUUGUUCGCCAUCGAACAGCGACGCCAUGAUCGUCUAUCGAACCGAGUGGAAGAAUUGACUGUGCAGAUAAACGUACUGAAAGAAUUGUUGGCUAAAUAUCUCUCUCCCAAAUUACUCAACAGUCAAAUGCAGAUCCUGGCUUGAAUCUUACCUUAACCAGUAUAAUGUUAUCACAUCACAUAAUACACAUAAUGACUAAUUGUUUGUUUCAUUAAUAAUGAUAUAAUUAAUCAAUAAUCAUUAAUAAAGUAGAUUUAUUGUUUGUAU